CCAGUCUGUAUCGGUACCUUACUAGAAGAAGAAGUAGUAUCUUGAUUGUGACGUUUCUUGUGCGGCUCGUCGCGCACCUUGCAUGGCGGAUGCAGCCACACUAAAAAUGACAGUCAUCGACACGACCAAGGACCUGUCUGCCCUCUUCGACAAGCAAGUCCAGAUAUCUCCCCACGCUGUUGCUCUCGAGGAUGAAAAGGCAACAUACACGUAUUCGGAACUUGCAACAAAGGUCAACGACCUUGCCAGAAGACUACGCCUCCAUGGAGUGAAACGAGAUAGCCUCGUGGGUGUGCUACUACCAAGAAGUGCUGACUACGUGAUCGCCUGUCUUGCUGCUCUCAAAGCUGGAGGGGCAUAUCUUGUGCUGGAACUCGCUUAUCCCCCAGACCUUCUCGCGGAUGUCAUUGAAGACGCUGCUCCCACCGUGGUCAUCCUGAACGAAUCCGAGACCGGCAAGAUCAAGCCCGAGAUCCCUCUUAUCGUGCUUGAUGAAGAGCGAGAAGGUUUGACGAAUGGUCACGUCGAGCAGGACGACAAUGUCUCAGACCCCAGCGACCUGGAGAAAUUGGCAUUCGUUGCAUAUUCAUCUGGAACUACUGGAAAGCCAAAGGGCAUCGCGAAUCCGCAUCGUGCUUCUGUGCUAUCCUACAAUCUUCGAUUUGGCAUAUCAGACGUCCAGCCCGGCGAACGUGUGGCUUGUAAUGUGUUCUUCGUAUGGGAAAUCUUCAGACCAUUGCUACGCGGUGCUACAGUCGUGACAGUGCCGGACGAAGUCAGCUAUGACCCGCAAGCACUAGUGCAGCUGUUAGUGGCCAAGAAGAUCACCGAAACGCUGAUGACACCAACCCUUUUGGCUGCUGUUCUUGCCCGAUUUCCUGAUAUCGGCUCCAGGCUGUCAGGUUUACGUUCGUUGUGGCUCAAUGGAGAGGUUGUGACGACAGAUCUAGCUCGUAGAGCCCUGAAAGCGAUGCCCAAAGUGCGAUUGCUCAACUGUUAUAGUGCUUGCGAAACACACGAGAUCGCUUGUGGUGACAUUGGAGAAAUGAUCAACGAUGACAUGUUGAACUGUCCGGUCGGCAAACCAAUGGAGCCCGACUUCAUUCACUUGUUGGACGAGGACGGCAAGGAGGUCGAACCUGGGAAGAGCGGUGAGCUCUAUGUUGGCGGAUCUCUGCUCGCUCGAGGCUAUCUGAACCGCCCUGAGAGUACUGCUGCAGCAUUCCUACCAGACCCAUACAACAGCAGCAACCCUGAUGCACGCAUGUAUAGGACCGGAGAUCUCGCAAUCCUGCACACGAACGGGCUUCUGGAGAUCACCGGACGUACUGGAACUAUGAUCAAGCUUCGAGGCUACUCCGUUGUGCCGGCCAAAGUUGAGGACACUAUUACCAAGUAUUUGGGUGUGAGGCAAUGCGUAGUCACUGCAUAUGGAGAGGGUUUGGAGCGACAACUCGUGGCAUAUUUCGUUAAGGACGAGGAGGCCACGAGUGAGCGCGCGUUUGUGGAAGUUGAUGAGAGUAACCACAGCUCUGCUGCACGAAAGAUCGUUGCACCUUAUCUCGCGCAAUAUAUGAUUCCUACACUAUGGGUUGCGCUCAACGAGCUGCCCACACACAGUGUAUCGGGCAAGAUCGACUUGAAGAGCUUACCAUCUCCGAUUCCUGCCAAGGCAGCCAAUGGCGAAAAGCCUGCCAAAGACCCAAUCAGUAUCGAAGAUGUAGCAGAAAUCUGGGCGGCAACCUUGGGCGUCUCUCAAAAAUCGCUCAAGCCAGAAGACAGCUUUUUCGACCUUGGUGGCCACUCUCUAUCACUCGCCGCCCUGGCUGCGAAACUAUCCCGACGAUUUGGGUUCCGUAUGCCAGUAGGACGAUUAGCCGAUCCGCCUACGCUCGAAAGUCACUUGCUCACGGUUCGCGAAGUACGAGAUGGCACAAUCGCUGCAGUACAAUCAGACUUACCUGCUGCAUUACGAAAAGACUCUUACCUGGAUCGCGACAUUGAGCCCAACAAUGCCAAGAUAUGCUCUCUCAAGGAUGCGAAGACUGUAUUGCUCACCGGAUCGACUGGGUUUUUGGGCGCAUUCCUGCUCAACGAACUUCUAGAGAGCACAUCGGCCAAGAUUAUCUGUUUGGUGCGAUCGCCAGACGCGCUGGAAGAAGACAAGCCAAGCUGUACUGCCAGACUACGCAAGAAUCUCAUCGAUCUGGGGCUAUGGAGCGACUCCAUCAUGGAGCGUGUGGAGGUGUUGCCUGGUGAUUUGCCCCGGAAGCGACUCGGUCUCUCGCCAGAAAAGUUUAAUGACCUUGGAGAGAGAGUGCAGGUCAUCGUUCACGCUGCUGCUCAGGUCAAUCUGGUGUACCCAUACGCCGCGCUACGGGGCAGCAAUGUGGAUGGCACGAAAGAGAUUCUCCGCCUAGCGUGUCUGGGAGGCGCCACAGUGCAGUAUGUAUCGACCAACGGAGUCUUGCCACCGUCUGAGUCGGGGCACGGCUGGCCUGAAGAUGCCAUGUUGUACGUCGACGCUGUUCCUGAGAAAAUCCCCGAUGGCUAUGGUCAAACGAAGUGGGCUGCUGAACAGCUCGUACUCGAGGCAGGGCGUCGUGGUCUUCCUGUGAGGAUCUUGCGCGCUGGAACCAUCUCUGGGCAUAGCAUGACUGGUGCAGCCAAUGCAUGGGAUCUCCUCACUGCAUUGUUCGUCGAGUCCAUUCACCUCGGGUUCUAUCCGAAUGUUCAAGGCUGGCGGGCAGAAAUGACACCAGUCGACUUCGUCAGCAAAGCCAUUGUCCACCUCGGGAACCAGACACACGCGAAACAGCUGGUCUUCCAUCUCGGUGACCCCGAUCCCAUCGAGACCAAGACCGUGUUCGAGCACUUCGCCGAGCUGGGCUAUCCCACUGAGCCAAUGGACUUUGACGAGUGGGUGAACUUGUGGACCGAGAAGAGAGGAUCUGCCAAGGGUGGCGAUGGAGCCUUCACUGUCGACAUCAUGCGGAGCGGAAUGCCGAGUGUUGGCUUCCUGCGCGACAUUGUCGUACUCAACAAUGCUCAAACGAGACCCUAUCGUGCUAUUGUGGAGCGGCCCAAGGUGGACAGCGUGCUCCUCGAGACGUAUGCUCGACAUUGGUUUGCACGAGGUUGGAUGAACCAAGCACCUCUCCGGAACAGCGCUCCUGGCGGAUCAGCCCUCUCCGUUCGCAAGAGCAUCCUGACGGGGCGAGUGGCAGUCAUCACAGGCGCUUCAUCCGGUAUUGGUGCUGCUGUAGCAUCCGCUCUCGCAGUCGAAGGAUGCCAUCUCGUCCUCGCCGCACGACGUACAGCAGCCCUCGAGAACCUCAAGCGCCGCCUAGUCGUCCGAGAAGGCAAAGUCAUCAUCAAGCAAACCGAUGUCACCGACAAAGCACAAGUAGACGACCUCUUCAAAACGGCCGAAAAAGAACUCGGACCCGUCGACAUUCUCGUCUCCUGCGCCGGCGUCAUGUACUUCACCAUGAUGGCCAACGUCCAAAUGCAAGAAUGGAACACCACCGUCGACGUCAACUGCAAAGGUCUCCUCCACUGCCUCUCCGCCUCCGUCCCCAGCAUGCUCGAUCGCGGCACAGGUCACAUCGUCGCCAUUUCCUCCGACGCCGGCCGCAAAGUCUUUCCCGGCUUGGGCGUGUAUUCUGCCAGCAAAUUUUUCGUCGAAGCCACUCUGCAAUCUCUCCGUUUGGAAACUGCGGGCAAAGGCUUACGAGUCACGUCUGUCCAACCGGGAAAUACUCAAACGGAUUUAUUGGGCAUGUCGACGGAUGCGGAAGCGAUUCAAAAAUUUGGGCAGCCGAGUGGGGCGAAGAUUUUGGAUCCGGUUGAUGUGGCGAAUGCCAUUGUGUUUGGGUUGAAGCAGCCGGAUUAUGUUGCUGUGAAUGAGAUUUUGAUUGAGCCGAGGGAUGAGCCGAUUUAGAGAAGAGAUGUGAGAAGAGAGAGAAGAAGAGAAGAGAGAGAUGGGAAAAAAUUGCAUUGCGGAGGUGUCUGGUGAGUAUACCUUUUGGUAUUCAUUAAUAUUUGGCAAAGAAUUCGACGAGGUCAUAUGUAUAUGAGUCAGAGAUCAUUCUCUCUCAUCUCACUAUUAACAAUAUGAUCGCCAUAUCGCAAUACCUCGUGAUCUGACUAGGUCCAGUCACUCACACCCCGCAAUCUAGGUAUCAGCCACUCACUCACUUCCUCUUCUUCACUCAAAACCCGCAAAACCCUUCCUAACCCCUCUGAAUCCAGCCAGCGCAGCACAGCACAGCCAUUAUUUCUCCAAAACAUGCAUACUGCUGCGCAUUGCUACUCUCUCCGCCCAGACUCGGCCAAUGGCUAGGCUAGGCUAGGCUAUCAUCCCUCACUCGCCAUUCCGCUCGCAAACAAUCCCUUGAGAUGGUUUUGAAAUCAACAUCUUAAACCUUCAUAUCCGCCAGGGAAGUCGAGUCCGCCUCGUUGAGAUGUGGUUGAUUUUGAACAUCUCAACCUUCAUAUCCGCCAGGGGAGUCGAGUCCGCUUCAUUGCGCGUGCGAAAUGGAUCCAGUUGGUUGGGGGGUUGUGUGUAUAGUAGAGUCUUCGUUGUGGGCAGGGAAAGAUUCUGCUACUGCGAUUCCCGCAUGCGAGGGUGGAGAAUGUUUUUCUCGGGUCGCGGAUUUUUUUGAUCCAUUUAUAGCCGUUCCAGUAAUGUUGGUGUUGGUGUUGCUGUUGCCGUUGCUGCUCCACCACCCCAACUGCAUCUACCGCUUCUGCAGCAUCUGAUAAUAAAAGUCACGUCCCACCAACCUCCUUGCCUUUAAAAAAGACAUCUCUCUGCCACUUCGCCUCCUCAAUACUCUCCAAAAUAUCCGCUUUAGCCUCAUGCAAACCCUUUUUCAUGGGACUCGUCUUCAAAACUUCCACAUCCGCAAAUCUUCUCGCAGCUUCUUUAAUCGCACUCACAUCAUAAAUUCGAUGAUGUAACCACUUGACCACUUGUCUCCAAGGCUCCUGGCUCAGAAACAUUUUAUCCGCAUGGACCGUAUUUCCUGCUAAUAACGCUCGUUUGCGCUCCGGACAGAAUUUUUGAAUGUAUGCGAGGAGUUCGGAGGCUGCUGUGGCUGCUGUUGUGCUGGAGGUGAGGCAUUGUUGUGUGAGACCUGAGGAGCCGUGGUGGGAGGUACACCAUUCUCCCAUGGCGGAG